AUGGGUGCUCUCGACAGAAUCUCACAGAUUGGAGGCCAGGUGUCUGGCAACCCCACCGCCGGCGGCGUCUCCAAGAUCCUCGAAAAGCGUCCCGACGAUGUCGUCGUCACCGCCUGCUGCCGCUCCGCCUUCACCAAGGGCGGCAAGGGUGGCUUCAAGGACACGCCUGCCCAGGACAUCAUGGCCGGUGUCCUGCGCGCCAUCAUCGACCGCUCCAAGAUCAACCCCGCCCUCGUUGAGGACAUUUGCGUCGGCACCGUCCUCGCCCCCGGCGGUGGCGCCACCGAGAUGAGGGCCGCCAGUCUGGUCGCUGGCUUCCCCGAGUCGGCCGCCGUCCGGACCCUCAACAGGCAAUGCUCGAGCGGUCUGCAGGCCUGCAUCGAUGUCGCGCACCAGAUCAAGUCGGGCAUGAUCGAUGUCGGCAUCGGCGCAGGUGUCGAGAGCAUGAGCACGCAGUACGGACCUAAUGCCGUGACCGAAUUCUCCGAGCUCCUCGAGUCGCACCCCGAGGCCGCCAACUGCAAGGUCCCCAUGGGCGUUCUCUCCGAGAACAUGGCCAAGGAUCUCAGCAUCGGCCGCGACGCACAGGACAAGUUUGCCGCCGGCUCGUACCAAAAGGCAGCCAAGGCCCAGCAGGAGGGUCUUUUCAAGGACGAGAUUGUGCCCCUCAAGGCCAAGUUUGAGGACCCCAAGACGGGUGAGACCAGGGAGAUUGUCGUCGACAAGGACGACGGUAUCCGCCCCGGCGUGACUGCUGAGUCGCUGGGCAAGAUCCGCCCUGCGUUCGCCAAGGACGGCAGCAUCCACGGUGGAAACGCCUCCCAGAUCUCCGAUGGCGCCGCCGCCGUCCUGCUCAUGCGUCGCGACGUCGCCGAGAAGCUCGGCCAGACCAUCCUGGGCAAGUACGUCGCCGGCUCCGUCGUCGGCGUGAAGCCCCUCCUCAUGGGCCAGGGUCCCUGGAAGGCCAUCCCCCGCGCCCUCGAGCUGUCGGGCAUCUCCAAGGACGACGUCGACAUCUAUGAGAUUAACGAGGCCUUUGCCUCGCAGUGCCUGUGGUGCGCGAACGAGCUGGGUAUUCCCCAGGAGAAGAUCAACCCCAAGGGCGGCGCCAUCGCCUUUGGCCACCCCCUGGGCUGCACUGGCGCGCGACAGGUGUCGACCCUGCUGUACGAGCUGAAGAGGACGGGCAAGAAGGUUGGCAACACGAGCAUGUGCGUCGGCACGGGUAUGGGCAUGAGUGCCACCUGGGUGGCCGAAUAG